AUGGCAAAACUGCUUCGUUCCGCAUACCUGAUGGCCGCCAACGGAGACAAUCGGAGAAUUGAGCAGAUGUCGCCAAACGAUGUCGCCAGAUAUGAGAUACCCAUAUCUGCUAUACAUGCGAAUACUUCAUUCAGGGCGCUCAUGACCCUGUUGAAUCGGCCAUGGUUUCAACGGGUCUGGAUCAUUCAGGAGGCUGCAGUACCAUCAGAAGUGGAGCUUCUAUGUGGCUCCCAUUCAAUCCGAUGGGAUGAAUUCGUCGAAAUGAUGCGAUUCAUUGGUACAUUCGGCCUUGAGUACAUAUUUACGAACAUGGGCGGAUCCCGUAGCACCUGGACACUUAUCGUUGCAGUCAGGGCGGUUAUUCAAGGAGGGAAAGAUAUUCCGCUGUUAGACCUCUUGUGGCUAUCCAAAGAAUCCCUAGCAACCGACCCGCGAGAUCGCAUAUUCGCACUGUGUGGGCUCUCCUCAAAUGCAGCACAAUCUGGGCUCAACAUCGAGAUAAAUUACUCUCCAACACAGACGCCACUACACGUAUUCCAAAAAACAGCAGUGGCAAUGAUAAGGCACUCAAGGAACCUUGACAUUUUAACAAUCCCUCGGCGUUCAGAUAAGCUCAACCCUCUUGGACUUCCGUCUUGGGUACCUGAUUGGUCGUCAAAUCACGAAGUAUACGCUUUAUGUGAGAGAAAUCUCAGACAGCCGUCGGAUUCACUGCCCAAGAACGAUUUCGCGGCCUCGAGUUCGACCGACUAUGAGCUGCUGCUUACAGCAAAUGGAAGACAAUUGAUAGUCUCAGGCGUCUAUAUCGACUGCAUGGAGAAACUGGGGCCCUCGUGUGACUUUGGAGAAGUCAACGAUGCGACAGAGAAAGCCAAGAUAGACGGCGAGAGGACGCUCGCUUGGAUGGAUAUCACGCACGCGGAAUCGAAUGAGUUGUACAAGACCGGAGAAUCUCGCCUCGACGCGUACUGGCAAACGUUCUAUGGAGGCCACUACGGCAUAAGCUACGAGGAAGCGAAGUCUCUUUUUUUCGAACACUACAGGCGGCUUACAAGAAACCACCUCUGGCUAAGACUGGGCCUAUCUCGUUACAUGGGCCUCUACAAGGCGGUGAACUUUGUCGACUCUGCCGUCCAAUAUCUAAGCAAUGGCACUGGAAAUUUGCACCGCCACAACAAGCUCAUGGCAAUUCAAAGAUUUCGCAGGAUGGGCGUUUCUAAGACAGGGUAUAUUUGUUUGGCACCCUCUAUAGCCGAACCCGGAGACAGCAUUUUCGUCCUGAAAGGAGGUGCUGUGCCUUUCCUGUUACGGCCAUCCGAAUCUGGAUCGUGGGAAUUGAUUGGAGAAGCAUAUGUCCAUGGAAUUAUGAAAGGAGAAGUGUGGUCUGAAGCGGACUGCCAGUCAAUCCACAUAGGUUGA